AUGGAGACAGCUAGUGUGUGCACGAUUUGCGGGCAAGAGAAUGAAACUGCCCAUCAUGCACUCAUCCGAUGCCCCCAUGCUCGUAACCUUUGGAAUGAAAUGAAAAACGUCUGGAAUCUUCCGCCUGAUGAUGCACUCAGAAAUUCUAAACCGGACUGGCUGCUAAUGCUCCUCCAAGAGCUGAAUGACACACAACGCAUGUUAGUUAUCAUGGUAUUUUGGCGUCUGUGGCAUGUGCAUAAUGAACUGACCCAUUAUAAGCCAAUGAUUCCGAUUGAAGCAUCUAAACAAUUUCUGUGUGGAUACGUGGACUAUCUGCUCAUGAUCAAGCACUACCUGCAGGCGGACAUCACUAAAGGAAAAUUCCCGGCUGACCUGAGUGGAUGUAUCACACCGAGUACUCAUAUGACAGGUCGUUUACUUCCUGAUGUCACAUGGGUGCCACCUCCAGCAGGACAUGUCAAGCUCAACUUUGAUGGCUCUUACGUCGCCCUGCGAAGCGGGCGCAGGUAUGAUUUUACGUGA